AUGAACCACUCAAAGCACUCCCUCACGCAUGCUCUCUUGCUGGCAGCUGUCGCGCUCAGCAGUGUGCAGCACAGCACAGCAAUAGCCGCUAGCGGCGUCUGUGAUCCCAAGUCUUUCGCGCCGUUCCAAGUGAUCAGUGGCACGGCGGAGACUUGCGCAACGUGCCUCUUCCCGACCUACCCCUAUGCCAGCUCCAUUGACGUGGCAGCCUACCCCACCAUGGACUUUACCGACCGCUGGAUCUACUUCCUGGGAGAUGUCACCGUGCGGCAGAUCUACGGCGAAUUUGCCGCCAUCGUGCACAACGCCCAGCUGGGAGACAAGGUGGGCCCGCCACUGCACCACUCGCAGCACGACUGCACAAACCAGUCCCGGCGGCUCGGCUACGUUCCUCCGCCGCACGAUCGCACGCCGUGCUUCCUCAACGAGCGCUCCUGCAGCAGAGCCUUUGCGCGCACGGCCAUGGGCCACAACGUGACCCUGACUUAUGACUGGAAGCACCUCGCCUACGAGGACUAUGACCGCGCGCUGUUCAAGUCCUGGGCUGCUGAGGGCGGCCCGGACUAUGUGAUUCUUAGCCCCGGCGCGCACGACUGCUUCCAUGAGCCCGAGGACUACAAGCACCACAGCUUGCAGCUGCGGAGGCUGGCGCGGCACCUAAACGAGCUCAACCAGACGGUCAUCUGGGUGGACAUCAACCCCAUGACAUUUGCAGUACACGGCGCGCCCGCCCUCAAAUGCGCGCUGAACGUCAAUGCGGCUGCGCAUGCACAGGCGAGGGAGCUGGGUUUCUACAUGUUCAGCCGGCAGACCAUGAUCACGUCAGCGGGGCAGCUUGAUGAGAAUGGGCACUACCCGAUGCACCAGCCGGAUGCAGUGGUCAAGGAGGAGGUGGAGCUCAUGCUGGCCUGGCUCACUUGCAUGGAGGAAUCUAAAAGGAAACGAUAG